GUAAUUACGGUAAUCCUGACAGCGGCUCCGGGUGUCAGCUGAUCCUCCUUCACUGUCGAGAGAGUAGGAAAAUCAACUGAAGGAAAACACUGCUGGAUGCUUAGCUUAACCAUGGCUGCGGAAAUUCAUUCGAGGCCCCAGACCGCUAGACCGAUUCUUCUGAACAAGAUCGAGGGACACUCGGACGCUGUCAAUGCAGCUGUUUUAAUACCAAAGGAAGAUGGAGUGAUCACGGUCAGCGAGGACAGGACUAUCCGAGUUUGGCUGAAAAGAGACAGCGGUCAGUACUGGCCAAGUAUCUACCACACAGUCUCAUCUCCAUGCUCUUGCAUGUCGUACCACCAUGACAGCAGACGCAUCUUCAUAGGCCAGGACAAUGGAGCUGUUGUGGAGUUUCUUAUCUCUGAAGACUUCAACAAGAUGAACCAUGUCAAAACCUAUCCAGCCCACCAGAACCGUGUGUCAGAUAUGGUGUUUUCCCUGGAGAGUGAGUGGGUGGUGAGUACUGGCCAUGACAAGAGCGUGAGCUGGAUGUGCACCCAGAGUGGCAGCAUGCUGGGGAGACACUACUUCACAGCCUGGGCCUCCUGCCUACAAUACGAUCACGACACGCAGCACGCCUUUGUCGGCGAUUACUCAGGACAGAUCACACUGCUGAAACUGGAGAAGCAGACGUACUCCACCAUCACUACACUAAAGGGUCAUGAAGGUAGUAUAGCAACACUGUGGUGGGACCCUGUCCAGAGGCUGCUGUUCUCAGGGGCCUCCGACCACAGCGUCAUCAUGUGGGACAUUGGGGGCCGCAAAGGACGAACAUUACUGCUGCAGGGACACCAUGAUCGUGUUCAGGCCAUUCGUUACCUCCAGUUGACCAGGCAGUUGGUGUCGUGCUCGGCCGACGGAGGCAUGGCAGUGUGGAACAUGGACACGCAGAGAGAAGAGGCGCCCCAGUGGUUAGACAGCGACUCUUGUCAGAAGUGUGAGCAGCCUUUCUUCUGGAACAUCAAGCAGAUGUGGGACACUAAGACCAUGGGGCUCAGACAGCACCACUGCAGGAAGUGCGGCAAUGCUGUGUGUGGAAAAUGUAGUUCUAAACGUACCACAUUCCCGAUCAUGGGCUUCGAGUUCCCGGUGCGGGUGUGUGAUGCCUGCUUUGAUACCAUUAAAGAAGAAGAUCGAACACCAUUGGCCACGUUCCACGAGGGGAAACACAACAUCGCCCACAUGGACAUGGACCCAUCCAGAGGCCUGAUGGUCACUUGUGGAAGCGACCGCAUUGUUAAGAUCUGGGAUGUGACGCAGGUGGUUGGCUGUAGCUUAGCAACAGGCUUCUCUUCGCGCUGAUUGGCCCAGCCCACUACAUGGUGCCACCCGUGCUCUGCCCACUCUUCUAAUGUCAUGGAAACCCCUCUGUACUCUGUACAGUAUAUCUUCCUAUAGUGUGUGUGUGUGUGUGUGUGUGUGUGUGUGUGUGUGUGUGUGUGUGUGUGUGUGU